AUGGCGCCUCUACCUGGAGAAGAAGGAGCCGCAAAAGAACAUGCUGCCGCUGUUACAAGAGACUAUAUUUCACAGCCAAGAAUCAGUGAGUUAUUCAAAACUGUCAUACGAACUGAAUUUUGUUGUUUGAUUCCCUAUUGUCUCGUUACUUGCUUAGAAAUUCAUCCAGGAUUUACGCUCAUCGCGACCAACUUCUUGCGCGCCUGUCGGUUUAUGUGUUGAUUUUCUUUUUUUGCGGUUUGUUUUUUCAGCGUAUAAAACAGUUUCUGGUGUAAAUGGCCCUCUGGUGAUUCUAGAUGAUGUAAAGGUAUGAUUUUAGUUUGAAGAGAAUUUUUCUUGAAGGCUCAUAAAUUAAACACAAUGUAUUAAAAAAACAUCUGAGCCGAAGCUAACAUUAGGUUAAUUUUGACAAACCUGCCCGGACUGGCAGGGUUAGCUACCGAUUAUCAAAAAUCUUUAGAAAACUAGCGAUUUAGCAUUAAAGUGAUUCAGUUAUAAAAUUUGCAGGAUUUCUCUAAGUUCACCAUAGUUUAUUUCGUUUGAACUUCAGUUUUUCAUGUGAUCACUUGCAUAAGCUUUUAUGUAGUCUUCGUACCCUGUUAAGCUUAGUAAAAAUGAUUGAAACAAAGUCAUUAAGUGCUUUCACACUGAAUAUCUCCAAAGUAGAUGUAGGUGUGGCCGAAAUUUGUCCUAGUCUGUGUGUAUGAUAAGGAAUAUAAAACAUGAAAGUUGUUGUUUUGGCUUGUUUUAGUUCCCAAAGUAUGCUGAGAUUGUGACAUUAACAUUGCAAGAUGGUUCACAGAGAAGUGGACAAGUGUUAGAAGUUAGUGGGUCUAAAGCUGUUGUGCAGGUAGGGCUCCCAACUCAGGGCCCACGGAGGUAGAGGGGCCAGCGGGGCCAAUUUUUGGCAAAAUAAUAAUAAAAAAAUAACAAUUUCCCGAAGUUCUUCACCAAGGGCCUCUUCACAUGAGCCUGGUUGACCAGGCUGGCCCAGUUACCUGGACGAAUGUUGCCUUGGGUUGCAGCCCAGUUUCUGAGAGGAGUAGAGGCCAAAGAUCCUGGGGAUGAGUUCUGGCACUAAAUUCAAGAAAAAUUUCCAGCCUAGUUACAGAGAUCCCACACACUCAUUUGAACACAUGCAAAGGAUUUAGAAGUAAGGCAAGAUCUCGGAGAUCAGGCAGUCCAGUCAACCGGGCUCAUGUGAAGAGGUCCUAAAUAAGUUUUUUGAUACUAGACUAAGACUCUAGUUUUUCCUGAAUAAGGACGUACGUAAUGAUUAACUUAUCUGUAUCAAGCAGCCAUUAAUUUCAUCCUGCGGGUGUGUGAGUAAAAAGGUUCAUGAUGACGAGGUACAUAUUUUAAAAGAAGGUCAGGUUUAGCACUGCACGUCCUUGCUAACAACCUGCACAUAGAGGCACUUGAAUUUAUUGAUCUAAACUGAUAAACAAAGAAUCGGCAUGCUGUUAUUAGAAUGCCGAAAGAGAGGGACAGAAAAUUCACACUGUUUCUCAAAAAUUGAAAAACACACUGCAUUCAGCUAUUUGUUGAUAGUAUUCAAUUCAUUUUUUGUUACACAAAAUCUGUUGACUAUAGCAUUCUUAUAACAACUAUUGUAGAUCCAUUUGAACAGGCUAAGAGAAGCUUUUGUAUCACUCCCCCUCUCGGCUUCCCUACGCACUUGAAUACAGUGGUCCCUGCACUUGAAAAACUGCUGUGCAGGCCCUGCAACUCUGUCAUUUGGGCCUGACGCCAGAUAUUAACGUUAAACUCUAAAGAAGAAAAGAAAGAGCCCCAGCUAGCAAAUCAGUCCAUUUUGUGUUGUUUACUGUUAGUUUUAUCAUUAGUAUGUGUAAACUAUGAAAACCUUGCUUGUUAAUGAAAAUACAGCAGUUUUCUGAGCCAGAUUAUUACUGGCCCUUUUGAGAAACAGAACUCUGAGGUGAUGAUGUCACAAAAUUCAAUUUUUGAAAUUAUUGCUCACAUUGUUUUAAGUUGGAUAUUCAGAAGUGUCUUUUUGCCAAAAACAGAAUUUUCUUGCAGAUUUAUUUUUAUUACGAUAUGACGACCUGCUCUGAUGACUCCAUAUUGUCAAGCCCUUCUUUAUUUGACUUGGCUAAAAAAUUAAUGACUCAAGUCAAGUUUAGAAGAAUUUGUAUGCAGUCAUCAGAGCAUAACAGUGCUAAUAAAAUCAAUUACCACCAAUAAGCACAGGCAUGCUAAUUUCUGGCAUUUUUUUGUCUUACUGUUUUUUUUUGGCGAUGUUAACAAAUCCCAUAAGUUAAAAAUUUGAAAAUGAUAUCACACCUCAGGACUUUACUUCAGUUACAGUUAAUACUAGCUUGUCUGAUAAAAGCUAAUUAACUCUUCUUUCAAAAAGGUUUUCGAGGGAACCUCCGGUAUUGAUGCCAAACACACCACCUGUGAAUUUACUGGUGACAUUUUGAGGACUCCUGUGUCAUCAGAUAUGUUGGGUAAGGAUCUAUAAAGUUUGUGCUUUGCUCUUAAACUGAUAUCUUCCAGAUGCUAAAUCGCUUGGUGGGUAAAUGUAGUUUAGGCAAAGUUAACCUUGAACCAGUGCUGGUCAGCAGUUUUCCCAGCUAUGUCUAGGGGUGGCCCUGGUGCCCUUAGCAGGGGCACUUUGUGACUUGUAUAUGCAGUUGCUAACUUGCAGUUCUUCACAAAGUGUUUUUGCUACAGCUUGUUGCUGGAUCAAGUUUAGUGCUGUGUUUCUCCCACCCCUCCCUCCUUCUUUAUCUCAGGGCUAGGUGACUAUUGUUCCAUAAGUAUUCCACUGAGUGGUUCAGCGUGACCAUGCUUGGUGGUGGCAGCUCACAAGGUUGCCAUAGAUACCCCUUUCCUUGUGCUAAAGCAUUGCCCAGCUCCACUACCAACCUUGUAGGCACCAGCGCGCAAGCUUAUUCAUUGGUGAUCCAUUUAAACUUACACAAAAAAAUAAUAUUAAUAAUCACUAAUGCUUUUUUUUUAGGUCGGGUGUUCAAUGGGUCUGGGAAAGCCAUCGAUAAGGGCCCUGCAGUUAUGGCAGAAGAUUUUUUGGACAUUCAAGGUAAAAUGUUAUGACAAGUGUAUAAGUUCCAAACUUUUUCUUUGUUUCUGAUUAUUCUGAUGGCUCUUAGCACAAGGGAAAAUUAAAAUGAAGCUACUUUUAAAAUUAUUUUAAACCAGAGAAAGAUUAAUGCACCACAUAAUGUUGUAUUGUGUGUUUGUUUUUCAAACCAGGUUUAUAAUUUGUCAUUUCCUUUGUCUCUGUCCCUGAUAUGGAAAAAUUAUGUUAAUCCAAGAUUCAGGAAUAAAAAAACAUUAAACCUGUUAGGAAAAUUUUAAACCAAAGAGGAAGUUGAAUCACAGCCAGUAUCAUGGCAUGUAAUGGUUUGCGUGGAAUGUGAGUGUAAUAUUGGGUCUUUUGUUUAGGUCAGCCAAUCAAUCCAUGGUCCAGGAUUUAUCCAGAGGAAAUGAUUCAGACUGGCAUUUCUGCGAUUGACACCAUGAACAGGUCAGAGCUAUAAAUAACAAUAUUAACAAGCUUCUACUGCAGUUUAGAUUGCUUGUUUUGAUAUAGGAGUUUUUGCCUCUUUUUAUCCUUGACAGUUUAUACCAUAUACAUGUACCAAUGCAUCUGUUUUGCAAUUCAAUACUUUAUGGUCUGAUAGAAAGAGGUUUUUCAAAGUUUCAAUUUACUUGGCGAGAAUAAGUACUAAUUGAGGACCCUGCUUAAACGUUCCUUACUGGAGACAGGAAAUAUGCCACUUCCUUUUACAUGGUCCUCUAGCCACAAGAAGGCCAAGGCUUUUAUAAGGCAAAGGCUGCACAUUCUUCCUGAGGUAUUUUAAGGCCACAAGAAUUGGUCCAGCCCUUGGUAUCAAUACUGCAACCUUCUGAUGAUCAACACACAAGUGCUCCGUGUCUGGAGUCAUGUACCUCUACAUUCAGAGAACUGUUCUUAAGCUAAAUCUAGUGAUUCACUAUUUAUUCUCGAUACAUUUUUACCUGUAAAAAUUUUUUUGUCAUGUUUCUCCUGAUCUGGUAAAUUAAAUGUUAUUUUAAUUUAACCAUGUGAGACAGGAAAAAUGUUCUGAACAAGGAGGUAACAUUACAUGUAAUAUUGCAUUUUGUUUUCUCAGCAUUGCCCGUGGCCAGAAGAUACCUAUUUUCUCAGCAGCUGGUCUUCCCCACAACGAUGUAAGCUUGGCAUCAUAGUUAUUUUUGCCAUCAUAUUGCAUGCAUGCACACUGGAAACAUUUUUUUAAUUUUGAUCCAUCAACAGCUUUAAUCUAAUUAAUUCUGUCAACUGAAUAAUUUCAUCCAAAAGAGAGAAACAUGAAGAUUACAUGCACCAAAAGGUGAGAGCUAAAAAGAGAAAACUAUUUGAUUAGAAAAUAUAAAUUAUAUGCAUGAAGAACAAAAAGGGAGAAGAAAACGUUGAAUCACAUAAUGACCAAUAACACAAAAUUUAUUGUCUUCUGUCCGUUGUAAUUUCUCUGUACGGGUAUUUUACUUUAGAUUGCUGCCCAGAUCUGUAGACAAGCUGGUUUGGUGAAGUUUAAGAAGGGAGUCAUGGAUGACCACAGUGAUAACUUUGCUAUUGUCUUUGCUGCUAUGGGAGUGAGUUCACUAAUCAUUGCAUAGAUAUCAUUCUCUUUUGGAUUGUGUACAAAAUGUCUGGUGUUUCAUAUGCCAAAGUUUGGUGUAUUUUGUAACAAAUAUUUAACAAUAAUUAUUGGACAAGGUUGAGGAAAAUAUUGUCAUUUGUCAGUGGCUAGCAGAUCAGUUAUGUGCUGGAGCUGAAGGCUGAGGAAAAUAGUUGAUCUGCGAGACACUGACAAAUGACAAUAUUUUGUGAUAACCGAGUUCACCAUUGUUUUAUCAUUCGAUCGCAAAUUUUUUUUUUAAUAAUAAUAUUUUCAGAGCGAUUUGCCAUUUUCACGAAAGACGAUUGCAAGAAGGAGAAAAGCGUGGUUUCAUUUACGUAUUAGUAGAAUAUUAUUUGUAGCCAAACACAGUUGGACAAUAUUAAGCAUGAGCAGACCAUUAUUUUGUAGGCAGUUAUUUGCAGGUCACGUUAUGGGCUCUUGGCAAAUGAAAAGGAAGAAAAAUUUGCAUUGAAUGAUUGACUACAAAGAAACUCCAGAAACCUGGUUAACAGAUGUUUUCUUCAUUUUGAAUUCUUUCACUUUUGUUAAGUAAGUACAUUACCUUUGUUCUUUUGAUUAGGUAAACAUGGAAACUGCUCGAUUCUUCAAGCAGGACUUCGAGGAAAAUGGUUCUAUGGAAAACGUGUGCUUGUUUUUAAAUCUUGCCAAUGAUCCAACGUAAGACAUUUUUUUAAUUCUUUCAGAUUUGAUGCUUCAAAUUUUAUGUUUAACCCUUUAACCCUUCAAGUCUCAAUAUCCACAUACAAAUUCUCCAAACUGAUCUCUAUAUAUUUCCUUAAAGGAUGAAUUGAGAGAAUUUGAUAAAAGAUCAGAGCAUUUUCUCUUAGGUGAUCAAUUUAUUAAAUUCUCAUAACCUAAUCUCUUGACAAUCUAUGUAUAUCGCUAUGAGAAAAUUGAUGUUGGUCACUAUUGGGGCUUAAAGGGUUAAGAGAUGUUGAAUCACUUGCAUUUUAAUCCCAUUAGUCAGGGCUUGAAGAAAAAAAGAAAAAAAAAUUGAAUUCCUGCUUGUCCUUUUAAUAGACAAGCAGCUUUGUAAAUGUUGGAUGUGAUUCAAUAGCAUCCCUCAUGCUAUUUUUUUUUUCCUUUUUUUGUACAAUUGUACCAUAAGUGAGGAUGAACCAAAAGAAAGAAAUUUCACUAUUCCUGAGUUUAUUAUUGUUCCUUUCUAUUGAUUUUUCUCAAUAGUAUUGAACGUAUCAUUACUCCACGUCUGGCGCUGACCACAGCAGAAUUCCUUGCUUAUCAGUGUGAAAACCAUGUGUUGGUUAUUCUUACAGACAUGAGCUCUUACGCUGAGGCCUUGCGAGAGGUGAGCUGGUGGAAAGUUUAAAAGAGUGUUGAUUAAGCAAAAAUUUCUAGUACACAGGAGCUUAUUUCUUCCUGCAAGAUCAUGAGAAUUAAGCAUAUGAUCUUCCUAGUUUUAUUAUUUCUUCCUGCAAGAGACCUUAUUCAUGAUAUCUGCCAUCUUUGCACAUGUGCAAGGAGCUAUGUCAUGUCACACUUUAUGUCACGCUAUUUGCUGUCUUUGUAAUUUGUCAUCUGUUGCUAUGGUGAGGGUGGACAUAACAUGGAUUGAGACUUGAAAAACUGGACCAACUUUUUAAAAUUUUAAUUCUAUGCCUAAAAAUUUAUUUUUAGAGAUAUCAAAACAACAGUGAAUUUACCUGCCGGUUAAAAAAAGUUGCCAUUGUAAGGACGUUGUUGUUAGAAGAGGUCUGACUUAAGUUUUUCCUUGAUCAUUUGACCUUUAUUUUUAUGAGCUAAGGUGCCUUGUUUAUGGUAAUGUAGGUAUCUGCUGCUCGUGAGGAGGUUCCAGGCCGUCGUGGUUUUCCAGGUUACAUGUACACUGAUUUGGCCACAAUUUACGAGGUAAAGUUCGUUGUUUAACGUUCUUACUAUCCCCCAACAUUUUCUAGAUCCAAAAUUUCAGAAAAAUCACGAUUUCUUUUGUAAAAUUUUCGUGGCAAAAGGCAAAUAGUACCGUGCAAGAGUGGUAUCGAACAAGUUUCAUUUAAAUCAUCGCACCACAAGGAUGGGAAGAGUGCUUGAUUCAGUUUAAGUGUACAGUAGGACUGGUGAGCAGGGUAUCUCCCCACUGUAUUUGUUAACAGACUCAAAAUUUGAACUGCAUCACGCUUUUCCGUAGUUUUCUGAAGUUGAUUCCAACAUAUGAUGUAAAAGGCGACAUUCUGCAAGAAUUCACAGUAUAAAAGUGUAAGGUCCCUGAGUCUUCCUCUUUCCGGAAUACUACUGUCAAUUUGUACGUCCUUUAUUUAUUUUUGGCGUGUUUCCAGAUGAACUUUUAAACAUUAACGGGCUUUUGGUUAUUCGAUCAGAGGUUUACUCUUAUUCAUAGUAUAAACGAUGACGUUUGCCACAAGUCCCUUUUUACCAUCGAAGCUUAUACCUUGUAUAUUUGUAUCUUUGUAUUAAACGAAAGAUAAUUCUGAUCAUUUUACAGCGUGCUGGACGCGUGGAGGGAAGAAAUGGCUCCAUUACUCAAAUCCCGAUUUUAACUAUGCCCAACGAUGGUAAGAAAUUAUUGUUUUACGUUGCAUUGCUCAGAAUCAAGUUGGCUGACCGCAGUUGCAGUGGCAGUAGUUGUUGAUUCCAGAGUGUUUGGUUUUCGUUUCCAGCACUUCGUUGUCUGUGCUUACAUAUCUUAUAACCAACUUCCUUUACCGUAUUGUAAACACCUUUGGAACCGUGAUUAAGUACCCAUAAUAGCGAGAGUUUCUCUCAGCCUUUCACCUGAUAAAAAUCAGACAUCGGACAAAAUUUUUGGGAAUUCGUCAAGAAAUGAGCGCGUUUCUCGGGAAUCGUACACCCGCGUCCUCUCCCUCCCGGGAAUCGAAUAUCCGUCUUUUAAGUUAUUUUUUCAACAUGUCGCCUAAUGUAAGAGAUUUCAGAAUUCGGGAUAUUUUUGUUAGUGGGAUUCGGAAUCCGGGGGGAUUUGAGUUUGGGAUUCCGGAAUCCUGGGCUUUGGAAUCCGGAAUACAGCUCAAGGAAUCCGGAAUACCACUAAUGAUUGUAGUCCAGAAUCCAAGUUCUAAAGACAAAGACUGGAACCCAGUACCUUGAAUCUGGAAUCCAGUGCGUGGAAUCCAGAAUACAAAACUGUCUUGGAUUUUCUUACAUGGGGCAAAACUUGGCCGCCGCUCCUCCGGUAGAAAGGUCUACUACUACUGAACAAACCACCAUCUUACAAUCAUGUAUCAGUCUAAAGUUUGAACUAAUUUAUAAUUUCGUGUUUUUUUUAUUUUUAUUUUUUAGAUAUCACCCAUCCUAUCCCAGAUUUAACAGGAUACAUUACAGAAGGACAGAUCUACGUCGAUCGUCAGCUACACAACAGACAGGUAUAAUAAUUUUGUAACGUUUCGCCCGAAAGUCGAUUCGCCCGAUGACAUACAACACUCUAUACAACAUGGUCAACCUACUUCUCCGAGAUGUUAUUUUAGUCAACCUUGGAUUCCACAUGUGCAGUCCUGAGUGUCUUUCCAUGCUUAUUCCUCUUUUUUCAGAGUUAAAGAACGACAAAUACACAUCGGGCGAAUCGACUUAGUCUGGGCGAACUGGCGAAUCGACCGUCGGGCGAAACGACCCUAUACCGUAACAGUACCUACGAGCUCACCGUUUAGUUUGAAUUGAUAUAGUAGACUGGAAAAGGGCUUGUUUAAAAUUGACUUGGAAUCUGGCGUGCAAUAAGGUUGGAAAAAUAGUGAUGAUAAAAAAAAUCGUCAAGUGGUGGCCACGGUAAAGAUUGAGUUUCAGAAGCUGUGGUUUUGAGUGCCGCAACGUCGAACAAAACCUGUUGAGACAGGUUUCAAAAAUACCAAUUUUUUUCGUGUCAUCCUGGCAAAAAUGGAAACCGUCACCAAAUGAAUACCCGAUCCCUCCUCCCCUUAUCCAACUUUGUUUAGGAUAACACAGGAAUUAUGCAGGCUGGUUUUUACACCAAAACAACUUUGAAUAAGGUGUGGGAAGGAAGCUUACUUUGUCUCUUUAGAGGAGGUGGUACUAUACCGCCAAAGUUAGAAAAGAGAUGGAACUGUCUCAACAUUUCUGUAUGAGGUUGAAGUUCUUCUUAGUCGCAAGCUCAAGGAAUCUACUUAUUUAAAACAAAUUUAUUUGCGUAAAAAAAGAUGGUAAAAAUAAAGGAUUGGUACAAAAUGGGUGCCAACAGAGAAGAACUGAAUCCUCAUACACUGCUGACUCCCUCGAAUUGUGGGUUGUGUCGGGUACAGGGUGUAUGACAGCAGUCAUGUGGAGCUACACUAUUGGUCGUGCGAUGGAAGGGUGAAAAACGGCAAACGUCUCAAGCGAAUUAACUUUGUCGUGUGCAAGCUGCAACGAUUUUCUAAUUCGUUCAAUAACAUAUAAAAGGAAAUAUAGUUUAUUGUUUUUGAUUAAGUGAAAAUUUCUCUCUAGGUGUACCCACCAAUCAACGUGCUACCUUCGUUGUCUCGAUUGAUGAAGUCUGCCAUUGGUGAAGGCAUGACAAGAAAAGAUCACGCUGAUGUCUCUAACCAACUGGUAUGAAUAAUGUUUCUACAAUAACAGUCUAAACAUGGGAAUCCUUAAAUGAAACUUCUACCAAACUGAAUUCAGCAUCCAUUUACCAUAGUUUGUGUUUUCAGUUUAUAUCUUGCUCAAAGUUCGUUAUUUUUUACUUUUCUCUAUCUGAGAUAAUGGUGUUUGUACGAAAAAUGUGAACAAAAAUUCUGGAGGUUUUGUUGUUCCUUAUUUCAAGAAUAAACCACUCUUCGGAUCGUACUGUUAAAGGCAGAAUAUACAAGCCAGAUAUCACUAUAGUUAAACUCGCAGACGAAGAAUGAAUUUUUAAACGUUUAACAUAUUUUGGCAAGCCUUUGUCAAGAAGAAACAUGACGUAGUCUAGAAAUGAUAUUUGCGUGAAAUUACAGAUAGAUACAUGCAGGCUGAACAAAACGGUUCGAAAACUGGAAAGUCGUGAAAUUAAGAAUUUCGUUUUCCAGGCCUGGAAAGUCAUGGAAUUUUGUUAUCGGCCAUGGAAAGUCAUGGAAAAGUAAAAUUGUGCUUGGUAGCUUAUAGUCACUGUUCAUGUGAAAGCAAGGAAAUAUAAUUAAGAAGACAAGGACAAGUAAUGGGCCAAUUGCACGAUUAUGACGUCUUUUUACUACUAAAACCAGAAUUCAUUUCGUUUUUUCUUUCGUUUCUAAAUUUGGUAGUCCCAGUGAGGUUUAAAUAUCAAAGGUCUUAAUUUGCGCAAGAAAGCAAUACCCUGAAGGAUUCUGAAGCCUUCGUGCAAAUGGACUAUUAAAUGCCGCAAACGCCACGCAUUUGAACUGAGUUAUGCGAAUAAAAAAACCAAAAACAAAAUUUUGAAAAUUGACAGCUAGACGUAAGGUCAUGGAAAGCUGGAGAAGGUAUAGAAAAAGGCUUGGGAAAGUCAUGGAAUUUGAAGGGCUCAAAAUAGUACGAACCCUGACCAAAAACUAACUGUUUUAUUGUACUUUCAGUAUGCUAACUAUGCCAUCGGCAAGGAUGUACAGGCUAUGAAAGCUGUGGUCGGAGAAGAGGCUCUCACUUCUGAAGACUUGUUGUAUUUAGAGUUUCUGUCAAAGUUCGAAAAGAAUUUUAUUUCACAAGGUAAUGCAGCAGUCACUCAUACCAUCAGACCCAUCACAUUUCAGCGGCCAAGCAAGCUCCGAGUUCGAUAGCCUGAGGAAAACGCAGCCGCUAUUUCGCUACGCUACCACGAGAGGUUUCUCUGCAAAAUGACGUCUGAGAAAGGAGCGUAGAAAUUCCAUACUGAUGACGCGUCACUCCCCAGAUCUGGUUUGUGCUUCUGAUUGGUUGAAGCAAACUUUCUGCAAAUAAGAAACAGUACCCAGAUCUGGAUAGUGUUGCGUCAUCAGCUGUUUUCUCAGGCUACAAGUUCAGGGGAUAGACGAGGGGAGGGCAUAAUAACCCCCUGUCCUCUCCCCUCGAUAGAAGUCGAAAAUCACAAUACGCGUGGCAGGCGACCGUAGAGGCACGAGCGCAAAACCUGUACUGCAGAGAACCCAAAAGAGUAUUUGCUCCACCUCCAGUCUUGACUCAGAAAUAUACAAUUUUUAUGGACUUCGUCUUUCUUGUCAGAAAUAUUGUUCUCGUGCUAUGGUAAUAACGAAAACUGAUGUACGUAACUCCACGAGUUAACGUCGGGAAUCUGGAUUUUAAGGCUAGCUCUUGCCCCCGAGACAAAAACAAUACCGGAUGCGGCUUCUGUUCACACAUAAGAACGAUGGUUUCGGCGCGAUUUCUGUAACGGAGCGAAGCUGCGCCGAGCCUAGGAUCGUCAUUUUUCGGAAAGGCUUCUGUGCCACUCUUUGGCACAGUGUGAACAGGUUUUCGGAGACAUUGGUUGUUUACCAUUUACAACAUGUUUUCGGAAAAUCCCGUCGUAAAGUAAAUGAAACACCACUUUUUAGGUCUUUCCAGCGGAAAGUGUCGGGGAGCAACAAGCAUCUGAAAAGGUAGUCCUGUUAUUCCGGACAGAAUAUUCCAAACGGAAAUGUCGUGUCCCAUUUCUUCAAAGCCAUCUUUGAUACCAUUUUCAGACCUUCGCGGUUGUUUUUCGGUAAAUGGAACUGAUUUGUACAGAUGGUAAAUGCGAUUCCGGGACAAAAUUUAUCAGUCCAGAAUUUUGCAUACCAUUUGCCCAAACUGUGAACCGAUUGGUUUGUCCACGUAAAUGGUAAACAACCGUAGCUUAAGUGUGAAGUCCUUGGCCGUCCGGUUUAAAAAAUUGAAUACCCUUCUUAGAGUUGAGUUGAGUUGUUGGUUAUAGAAGGCAAGAUCCUUAACAUAUUACAUUUUUUUUUUCUCUUUUUUGCAGGCACAUACGAAAACCGUUCUGUAUUUGACUCACUCGACAUCGGCUGGUCCCUGCUACGAAUUUUCCCCAAAGAGAUGUUGAAGCGUAUCCCACAGUCUAUUUUAGCAGAGUACUAUCCAAGGGACGCAAGAGGAGGAGCCAGCUAAAUCAUUUAAUAUACAAUUAAUUAUGAAUUCUUUUUUAAAUUUAAAGAGACUAGUUCCAGUGAUUUAUGUUCAGACUGUAAAGUGGCAAGUUGAACCAAGGCGAGCUCACGUCCAUCAAAACCAAACAAAAUGAACUAUGUGCAGGCUACACUAUGAAGCGUCGGGAUUGUGAACCGGUCUCUCGCUUAUUGGGCGAUAGAAACUGGGAAAACUUCCCUGCCCCAUCGCUUUGGUUAUCUUCGCCUCUUCUCCGACACGGAUCAGAAAACGUGAAUGGCCACAGAAUUCAUCUCGUGAAAUGAUUAAUUUCUUAUGUCAAAAUGUUUCAAUUAUGGUAUUAAAUAUGUAAUCGAAAGUCGGUAGCACUGCUGAUCAGACCUCUGAUAAGAGAAUAUGUUACUUCAAUCUGUGAGCUGAUUGUAGGCCUCUGGGCUUCUGCAGGAAACAGAGCGACAGUACUUUCCUGCUUUGUGCGUUUAGACAGAAAUUUGGCAAUGAUGUGGUAUAAUCGCAGCUAAAUGACAAAAUAAACUUGUAAACUGUCACCCUGAGU